CCGGAAGUGCGGGCCGGCGCGGGGACCCAGCAAAAGGCUGGGGACUCGGUCGGGGUCGGGGUCGGGGUCGGGGUCUGGGUCGGCUGCGGCUCCGGGCAGCAACCAUGAGGCGGGACGUGCGCAUCCUGUUACUGGGCGAGGCCCAGGUGGGGAAGACGUCGCUGAUCCUGUCCCUGGUGGGCGAGGAGUUCCCCGAGGAGGUCCCUUCCCGCGCGGAGGAGAUCACGAUCCCCGCGGACGUCACCCCGGAGAAGGUGCCCACCCACAUUGUGGACUACUCAGAAGCCGAGCAGACGGACGAGGAGCUGCGCGAGGAGAUCCACAAGGCAAACGUGGUGUGUGUGGUGUACGACGUCUCUGAGGAAGCCACCAUUGAGAAGGUGAGCCCCCAGCGCCCAGCCUGGUCAGCAGCGGCCUCUCCUUGGUGCAGACCCCAACGGCAGAGACAGGGUGGCCCAGGUGGACCCUCACCCAACCUGUGGCCAGUGCCACCUGUCACAGCACUCUGGGGAGCCUCAAGAGGAAUCACCUGCCUCUCUCCUGUGAUCCCACGUCCCCACAGGGUCUGGAUGUCUCCCCGUAUUCGAACUAAAUGGAUCCCGCUGGUGAAUGGGGGGACCACGAGGGGGCCCAGGGUGCCCAUCAUCCUAGUGGGCAACAAGUCAGACCUGCGGUCGGGGAGCUCCAUGGAAGCCGUGCUCCCCAUCAUGAGCCAGUUUCCCGAGAUAGAGACUUGUGUAGAGUGUUCAGCCAAGAACCUGAGGAACAUCUCGGAGCUGUUUUACUACGCCCAGAAGGCAGUCCUACACCCCACAGCCCCCCUCUAUGACCCUGAGGCCAAGCAGUUGAGGCCCGCAUGCACCCAGGCCCUGACGCGCAUCUUCAGGCUCUCGGAUCAGGACCUGGACCAGGCACUCAGUGACGAGGAGCUCAACGCCUUCCAGGCAGAAAUCCUGCUUCGGGCACCCCUUGGCUCCGCAGGCCCUGGAGGACGUGAAGAUGGUGGUGUGCAAGAAUGUAGCUGGUGGUGUGUGGGAUGGCCGGCUGACCCUGGAUGUGCAGGCUUCCUCUUCCUGAACACACUCUUCAUCCAGCGUGGCCGGCACGAGACCACAUGGACCAUCCUGAGGCGCUUCGGCUACAGUGACGCACUGGAGCUGACGGCCGACUACCUCUUUCCUCCGCUCCACGUGCCCCCCGGCUGCAGCACUGAGCUCAGCCACCUCGGCUACCAGUUUGUGCAGAGGAUGUUUGAGAAGCACGACCAGGACCGCGACGGCGCCCUCUCGCCCGUGGAGCUGCAGAGCCUCUUCAGUGUGUUCCCGGCAGCCCCCUGGGGCCCUGAGCUUCCGCGCACAGUCCGCACGGAGGCCGACCGGCUGCCCCUGCACGGAUACCUCUGCCAGUGGACUCUGGUGACCUACCUGGACGUCCGGAGCUGCCUCGGGCACUUGGGCUACCUGGGCUACCCCACCCUCUGUGAGCAGGACUCCCAGACCCACGCCAUCACAGUCACCCGUGAGAAGAGACUGGACCAGGAGAAGGGACAGACGCAGCGGAGCGUCCUCCUGUGCAAGGUGGUAGGGGCCCGCGGAGUGGGCAAGUCCGCCUUCCUGCAGGCCUUCCUUGGCCGCAGCCUGGGGCACCAGGACACCAGGGAGGAGCCUCCCGGCUACACCAUCGACACGGUGCAGGUCAACGGGCAGGAGAAGUACCUGAUUCUCUGUGAGGUGGGCCCAGAGGGCCUGCUGGCCACGUCGCUGGACGCCACCUGUGACGUUGCCUGCUUGAUGUUUGAUGGCAGUGACCCGGAGUCCUUUGCACACUGUGCCAGCGUCUACAAGCGCCAUUACAUGGAUGGGCAGACGCCCUGCCUCUUCGUCUCCUCCAAGGCCGACCUGCCCGAAGGCGUCCUGCCAGCCGGUUUGUCGCCGGCCGAGUUCUGCCGCAAGCACCGGCUGCCUGCUCCGGUGCCGUUCUCUUGUGCCGGCCCGGCCGAGCCUAGCGCCGCCGUCUUCACCCAGCUCGCCACCAUGGCCGCCUUCCCACACUUGGUCUACGCAGAGCUGCAUCCCUCCUCCUUCUGGCUCCGGGGGCUGCUGGGGGUUGUCGGGGCCGCCGUGGCCGCAGUUCUCAGCUUCUCGCUCUACAGGGUCCUGGUGAAGAGCCAGUGAGGGCCCUGGUACCCAAGCCCCUCUCGACCUGGGUGUGGCUCUGCUGGGGCAGCACAGCUGGGUGCAGGCCAGGCCGCCAUGCUGGGAACACCCUUCUGCCUUUCUGCUUCUGAAGGCAGGUCUGUCUGUCUGUCUGCAGCGGGGCCUCGUGCUGCCACACACUGCCCUGGCUCCUCUCCGACCCCCAGGGUUCCACUGGGCUGUCGGAGCCUUGGCGGCUGAGCAGGAGUCCCGAGUACCGGCCAUGCUGUUGGGCAUUGCCCACCUUGGCAGAAUGUGUAUUGGCCUGGGGAGCACGGGUGUGGAAGCUGGUGACCCCAGACCCGGAAUUCUCAGGGCUCUACCCGCCUUUCUGGUCCUGGGUGGCCAGUGGAUAUGGAGGGCUGGGAGGCGGCUCUGGGUGGGGGUCUCCCCUCCCUUGAAUUUGGAGCCACAGCAGAGGACAGGAGGUUGGGGUUCCCAAUUAAACUUCACUGUGUCUUUUCCAUCUCUCGGAUCCGUCUCUGAAGACAACUUACCUGGAAUCA